AUGGAGGUGAGCAAUCACAGCAUGGUCAAAGAAUUCAUUCUCCUUGGAUUUCCCAUUGCUCCUCACUUGCAGAUUCUCUUCUUUGCAGUAUUUCUCAUUGCAUUUCUCUUAGUUUUAGCAGAAAAUAUUAUAAUCAUCCUGACUGUCUGGACAACUCAUAGCCUCCACUCCUGCAUGUAUUUCUUCCUGAGUAACUUGUCCUUCCUGGAGAUCUGGUAUGUGACAGUCACACUCCCUAAGACAAUGUUGAGCUUUCUGUCAAGGACAAAGCAAAUCUCCUUUACAGGAUUUAUGACACUACUGUACUUCUUCCUCAGCCUGGGCAGCACCGAGUGCCUCCUCCUGGCUGUCAUAGCAUAUGAUUGCUACGUUGCCAUUUGCAAGCCUUUCCACUAUUCCACUAUCAUGAGACACACUGUCCACCUUACUAUGGGACCUUGGUUGACUGGUUUCUUAAUUUCUGGAAGCAAAAUAUUUUUUAUGUCUCACCUGUGGACCCAAAAAAUCAACCAUUUCUUCUGUGAUGUUUCUCCUCUCCUGAACUUAGCCUGCGCAGAUAUGGAAAGAGCUGCUUUAAUGGAUUUCGUGGCUGCCUUAUUUAUUCUCCUGAUGCCUCUGUCCAUAAUAGUACUAUCCUACACCUAUAUUAUCCUCACUGUCCUUCACAUUUCAUCUGUGAUGAUAGUUUGCCAAAUAGCCUUCUGCACCUGCAUCUCCCACCUUUUAGUGGUCAUUGUCUUCUAUGCAACAAGCGUUUUCAUCUAUGUGAGGCCCAAAACUCUCCCAGUUCAUGACACAAAAAAAAUUGUGUCUGCUGUCUAUUGUGGUGUUGUUCCUCUCUUCAAUCCCUUCAUUUACUGCCUGAGGAACCAUGAAAUCAAGGAUGAUCUCCAAAAGAUCUUGUUCAGGAAAAGAUUUUCCUUGCAGAAACAUUAG